GCUCAGUUAACAGGUGCGAGAACAGACAAAUACAGUGACGUAGAGUCGUGUGUUUUGUUUUGUGUGGCACGCGACUUGCGCAUUUGAAUAACAUACAUUGAUACUCGCGGCAAAUUAGGAGCUGGAUCUGCAUUUCGGACUGAGAAAUAGAAUUUUUAUCGAAGCCUCUUUCGCUUUGAAGGAGGGAGAAAACGCCAUGUCAACCAGAAAACGCAUGGAUUUAACGAGAAGGGGCCGAAGCCCGGCGGUGUCCGAGGGCGAGAUGUUUGGGGAUUUUCAGGAGUGGUGUCUCCGCACUUAUGGGGACUCAGGCAAGACAAAGACCGUCACCCGGCGAAAAUACAACAAAAUUCUCCAGACCCUCUUGCAGUGCGACGGCUCGGAGGGCGUAUAUAUCGAGAGCAGCCACAUCAACGCCAAAUUUAAGUUCUGGGUGAAAUCCAAAGGUUUCCAAGUGGGUCAGAGUGACCGCGAGCAGAACGAGAAUGGAGCAGCUGACAGACCGGUCCUGUACGUCCCCAUCAAGACAACGUGUGUGGACGUGGGUUCGGGGCAGGAGAGCUCCUCUCUGAAGAGGGUCGCUGUGGUGGAAGACUUCUAUGACAUUAUCUAUGCUAUGCACGUGGAGAUCAGCUCCGACCUGGCUAAAGCACCCAAACAUGCCGGGCAGAAGAAAACAUAUAAAGCGAUAGCAGAGACGUAUGCGUUCCUGCCCAGAGAGGCAGUGACCCGUUUCCUGAUGAGCUGUGGAGAAUGUCAAAAGAGGAUGCACAUCAGCCCCAGUGGAGCAGAGUUCAAAGAAAACAAUCAACCAACCUCUCUGGCUGCUGACCUCAUAGACUACAACAUGCCACUCACAACAACCUACCUGAAACACAAGAAAUUACAAUGCAUAAACAACAAAGAGCAGGAUGAGUGUUCAGUGAGUAGUGAGGAGUUUGAUAUGAGUGACCCCACAUGGAUAUCAGCUGAACGUCACGCCGCACUGUCUGAUCCGAACCAGCCCUCUGGUGCAGAGAGGAUGCACAGCCUGCAGAACACACACAAGGAGGAGGACGAUGACUCAUCUUCUGAAAGUGGGAGUGGCAAUGGGUUGCACACACUGACUCCUACCUCAGUGGGUGUGGCCGGUGUGAGUGACAGGCCAGGAGUCGAGGUUAACGGGAAUGAAAACGGUACCGCAGCGCCUCUCGACUUCAGCACGACUUCCUCAUCGUCAUCCUUAGAGGACCAGCAUCCAGUGAAUCCCACCGAGAGAUUGAGUCAGGCUCUGCCCAGUGCUGCCGCCAUGCUGGCCACUUUUAACCCCGAGCACGCAGAAGAGUUACGUAGAAAAUACCCCAAAUCCUCAGAGCUACGCCUUGACCGAGACAUCAGGGACUAUACAAACAAGUCUCCUCAGUACAGUUCAGGGAGCUAUGAUUCAAUAAAGAUGGAGAUUUGUGCUGAAGAUCUGACUGUCGGACGGCCUCAGGCAGGUGACGAUGAUGACGAUGACCAUGAUGACCAUGAUGAUAGUGAUAAGAUAAAUGAUGUAGAAGGAGUCGACGCAGAGAGGCUGAAGGCCUUUAAUAUGUUUGUACGUCUGUUUGUGGAUGAGAAUCUGGACCGCAUGGUGCCAAUCUCUAAACAGCCUAAAGAGAAGAUUCAGGCCAUUAUUGAAUCCUGCAGCCGUCAGUUCCCUGAAUUCCAGGAGCGCGCUCGCAAACGCAUCCGCACCUACCUCAAAUCCUGCCGCCGUAUGAAGAAAAACGGCAUGGAGCAGACUCGACCCACCCCACCCCAUCUGACCUCAGCCAUGGCCGAAAACAUUCUAGCAGCCGCCUGUGAGAGCGAAUCACGCAAAGCUGCCAAAAGAAUGCGCAUGGACGUCUACCAGGCACAUGAGGAGCCAAUAGCAAUGGAUAAGGCUGUCUCUCGUGAGCCGGUCUCGCUGGCCCACUCUGCAUACUCCCUUGCAGCCUCAGCGUACUCCCAGGACCAGUUGUACAUCAAUGGAGGCCUCAGCUACAGUUACCGUGGUUACGGAGGACUGUGUGCCAGCAUGCAACACCCUGUCUCCCUGACAACACCUACCGCCCAGACCAAUGGGCCUACUGAUCUCAGCAUGAAGUGUCAGACCUCUAAUUCAUCCUCAUCGAGCUCCAGUAGUCUCGGGAGGAACGGUGGAGGGGGCGGGGCUUCGGCUCAGCUCAGCCACACAGAGGUGGCUGCUGUGCGUCAGCUGAUUGCGGGAUACCGUGAAUCCGCAGCCUUCCUGCUCCGAUCGGCAGACGAGCUGGAGAACCUUAUACUACAGCAGAACUGAACUGGUUUCUCUCUCUCUCUCUCUAUAUAUACAUACCCUUGUCCCUCUGGACCACAUAACUGACUGUGUCCCUUACAUGUGGGGCGUUCAUCACCAUCAUUCUCAUUGUCAGAGGUUUUCUGAUCUCCAUGGAGAACCAUCUGGCUCUUAAAGAUAUUCAAAUGAGAGACAGUACACACACAGCUCCAUCAAGCUUUUGUUUUCAUAUUGCUUUAGCUCGUGGAAGCUUCUGAUCGGAGCAAGAAAUUCUGAGAGAGGAAGCAAGGGGAUGGAUGGGUUAACGUGGAGAUGUGAGAGGAGCUUUGAAGGACACUGCAGUGCUGCUUUACCAAGGAGAUUCUUGGACGUUUCAAUGUGUCUAUAUGCACCUCAUACUGAUUCAUACCAUCUCCUCUGCCUCGCUUCUUUGUCAUCUCCCACCAUUAACCCACCAUUCCUUGAAGUUCUACCUCCAUGCCCCUUUGAGAGCCAUUGAUUUUGGAUUUGCUUUACUUUCUCGCUACUUCAGAGGAGGUAUUACAGCACACCAGUCCUCCCGAUGGCACUAACUAAAUGAAGACACUUGAUUUUGAGGUGCAGUGAAAAGAACGGAGGAAAAAUAAGAGCGAGAAUGAAGAAAAGAGACCUUUGUAUUUGCUGUAAAUAAGCACUCUUUGUGUCCUGAAGCACUUUUCCAUUCAUUCUGACCUCUGAAUCAUAACUUAUGCAUAUAGAUACACAGGUGGAAGCUCACCUGGAAAUACCUCAGCCUGUCUGUCCUACUCUCUCUCUCCCAGCAAUCUCCCACGCCGUAUGGGGGAGAAAAAAAUUAUCACUUGUCUGUCCUCGACUUCACGGUCCACUACUUCUUAGCAAGCUGAGAUCGAGGCAUUGAAAGCAGAGAGUGGGAUGAAUUUGUUUUCGUAAUUCAAAUUCAGGUUUUCUGUUCAAUCUCUAAAUGUGUUGUAUCUAUUCCGAUCCAUUUCAAGGUAUUGAUCACCUAAAGGGAUUGUUCACCCAAAAAUAAAAUUUCUGUCAUCAUUUUCUCACCCUCAUGUCAUUCCAAACCAGUGUGACUUUCUUCUGUGGAACAUACUGUAAAAGAUGUUAGGCAGAAUGUUCAGUCUCGGUCACCAUUCACUUUCAUUGCAUUUGUUUCCUGUACAAUGUAAGUGAAUGGUGACUGAGGCUCACAUUCUGUUUAACAUCUCCUUUUGUGUUCCAUGAAAAAAAAUAUAGUCAGUCAUAAUAGUCACACUGGUUUGCAACAAGAAGAGGGCAAGUAAAUGAUGACAGAACUUUCAUUUUGGGUGAACUAUCCAUUUAAAUACACUGGAUUUGAACUGGAAAUGGAGAAUUGGUCUUAAUUAAGUGUUCUGAUGAGGUUGAGAUGUCCUCCUAAUUGACUGGGUCUUUUUGGGACUCGCCACUUGCCGUAGCCCUUCAUGAUGCAUCCAAACCUUUCACCUAAAGAUGCCAACUCUCUACUCCAUUUCCCCUUUACGUGUCACCCCUGUUUUCCUCUUUUCUAUACCGUGCCCUUCCAUUUCUCCUUUACAUUUCUCUUCUCCUAUUCCUCCUCCUCUAGAGUGAUGGAGGGAGAUAGAGAAGAAGGCAUUGGGAUGGAAGGAGAAUGAAGCUGUUAGUAUUUUAUCUGUUGACUCUUCUUAAUGGCCAUUAAUCCACUCUGCUGCUAUGGACUCCGAUUUAACGCCACAGACCUGAAACCUCAAACCUCCUAACACAACCAGAGCACCUCAAGAUGAAACAAACAAAAAAAACAUAUAGGCAAAAAAUGAACCGAACGGUGGACAAAGGAUGCCAAAUCCUUGAGAGAAAGACAAAAACUGCUGUGCUGAUUAAUCACAGUUUUGCAUUCUGGCCAAGAGCAUUUGUUUAAUACAGAGGGCUGCUUUUGUUUGCUUUGCAGUUUUUUUUUUGUUGUUGUUGUUUUUUUUUUUACUUCUUUUAGUGUUCAAGUGCUUGAUUGUGUGCUUAAGGGUUAGUUCACUGAAAAAAUAAAAUUCUGUUGACAUUUACUCACCCUCAUGUAACUUGCUUUCUUCCGUGCAACACGAGGAACACUUUUGAAGAAUUUUGAUGCUGCUUUUUCUCUGUUCAGUGAAAGUGAAUGUUGACUGAGUCUGUCUCCUUCUGUGUUCCACGGAAGAAAAAGAAGGGAUAUUCAAAAAAGGUUUGUAAGAAAAUGAGGGUGAGUAAAUGACAGAACUUUUAUUUUAUGGGAGAACUGUCCCUUAAAAUCAGAAAAUUAAUAGGGAUCAGCUUGUCUUUGGCAAAAGAGCUUGGCGCACACUCGCAUACACAAACAGACACAUGCUAAAGGGGCUCUCCAAAGCCAUCUCAGCAGUGCAGCCUUUGGUGGACUUAAUAUAUUUAAAAGGAGAGGUUUAAAACAUUCUCAGUUAGUGAGGUAGAUUUGUUUAGGGACUGACUGACAGUAAUGCCACUGUAAUUUGCUCCAUUUGCACACAGAGGCAGUGCUAAUCUGUGAUUGAGGGGCUCUGAGGCUCUAUAUUGCACUGCUAGAGGGGGAUGGAGAAGGAAUAUCGCAAUGCAGAAGAUAAUCAAAAGCAUUCCUGGCCCUAAAGGAGAGAGACUUCCAAUAUAGAGAGGCUAGCAUGACCCCACUGAGGAGCUUUCAAAAUCAUUAGCUACAUUCAACUCUGUGUACAUGAGGACCUUAGCAUGAUUGAAAGAAUGAUGGUGUGAUUUCUUGGAUGGGUGAGUGAUUGAGUGACUUGAGUGAGUGAGAAUAUGUUUUCAGAAGCAGUUAGUUUAUGUGACCAGAGACUCCACUACCCUCUUUAGACAUACAGUAUUUGUGUGCAACUGUGAUGCCCCCAUCCAAAACACACUUGCAGAAUUAAUGAUUUCUGAAAGAAAUUAUAUGUAAUCUUGGUAGACCUGCAAAGUCCAGCCUCCUGAGUGAGAUAGUGAUUUUUGAUUAGAAAGUUGAUAUAAAUAUGCAAAAUUGACAGUGCGAGGCCUCUCCUCACUGUGCUCGCUCAAAGUGUUCUGUCCGACCUUUUUGUUUAAUGUUGCUCUCAUUAUAGUGGGCCUCCUUUUGUUUCUCUUUCUUUCUUCACUCUUUAUUUUUAUUUAUGUUUUAUUUUGAGAGAACAAAGUAAAUUUAUGUUUUUAGAGGUGAAAAUCCACUUUUUUUCACAUUUCACCCCAAAAUCAAACAAUAAAAGAAAUUACAUGUUGCAUAAAUUCAACGCAAAUCAUUUUUAGGUUUUGCUUUGUGACAUUGCCAAUAAUGACAAAUAAGCACAUUUCCCCCAGAAUUCACAUUUCCGUAAUGUGCCCGGUCAUCUUAUUUUUGUAAUUAUUUUUUUAUCUCUUAUUCUCAAAAGUGAUUCUCAUUUGAUUAAUCUUCUCUGUAUUCUUAAUAGUCAUUUUUACAGUAUUACAGUUAAAAAGUACUGUAAUAUAAUGUUUUUUACUAAACAACAAAAGCUACUUUUACCAUUUAAAUAAUAUAUAAUUUUUCCACAUUACAGUAAUGAGAAUUAGAUUUUUUUAUUAUUAUUAUUACAGUAAUGCUAUUUUGGGUGCUUAAUUGUCAUGAAAAUAAUUCCACAAUGCAAACUAUUUUAAUUAUUUUACAAACAGGCUUCAUUUCCUUUCAGCAAAAUAUGAUUGCUUUUGAUUUUGGGGUAAAAUAUGAUCUGGACAUGUUCUUGACAGGCCUCCUUAAAAGAUCAAACUCCCUCUCUUUUUCUUUCCUUUUUACAUUUUUUUUUUUUUGUUUGUUUUUUUUUGUUUUUGUGUUUUUGUCUCUCCCUCUCACACAUCUUCUAUGUUCUUGUCCUGUCAACAAUAGAGAUGGUACAUUGUGAGAGGUCAGGUAUUAGAGAAUUCUUUCUGUUGUUUUGCUCUGUUCUUUCUCCCACCUGUCUUGUCAUCUUCUUCUCUCUUUGAGGUUUGAUUGACAGGGGUAUGGGUCCCCACAUACACCAACCUCACAUGCCACUGAUCUCUUCUAUGGGGUUAUAAAAAAAUGUGUGAUAGAAAUAUUGAAACAUUUGUUUCAUGGACCUGGGACUGCUUGCCGCAUCUUUGGAGAAACUGAAAAGCAAAGCGUUCUUCUGUUCAUAAAGAGGUUGCUCUCUCCAGUUCACUCAAGGACAGCUAAUUAAAUACAAACUGUAAAACGAGGCAAACGACAAUCUUGAAAAAGUUGUAAUUAGUUCACGGUUUUGUUUCCAUGCUCUGUGUUCUGGGUGCGGUUGUACAGUGUGUCAGGGAGAGUGAGGGGUAAUUUAGCCAUAAUCAACAUCUCUCACUCUCAGCCGGCGAGUUCUGCUGAGGACUCCUUGUGGCCCACUGUCGAAAACCUUUUUAUCUGAUUCCUAUUUUUAUUAUAAUUAUCUCAAUUACUAUUAUUUUGUAAAUUCUUUUUGUAUCGCAAGUGGUCUUUUCAGAACUGUUUUGUAACAAUACCAACAUCACAUGUGAAGUUGUCCUGUAUGCCUGCCUAUACAUUCCAAACAAGGAUGUCAACACACCAGGCAGCCAGCCAAACCAUGGUCACAUCGGACUGCACACACACACACCAAGGACAACCUUGUCAAGUGCUCUCUUGAUCAAAAUCAGUACCACACUGCACAGGCGAUGAAGUUUAAGUAAUAGAUGUUAGCAACAGUAUAGUCACGAAAGAGCCAGAUGCCCGAAGAACUUUUAUCUCAGUACUGUAUAUUGACUAAGAUAUUUGGGAAAAUAUCUAUUUCCGUGAUUAGUUACUGGACCGUGCCUUUAAAAGGGCUUAACAGAACUGAUUGUAAUUUAUGUCCCUGUAAAAAUAGUGUAAAAACCCCUUCGGCUUUCUGUACUUGCUGUCAUGUGCCCUCAGGAUGUUUUUUUUUUUUUUUUUUUUGGAGAUGGGUAAAAAUCAGCACCGUUACCUACUGUGAUGUUAUAUAUGAGUAAACAGCCCACUUGUCUCAUGUUAAAGGCACAACAGCAGUGUCCUGUGCUGUUUCUAAUUGACUGUCUCAUGAUCAAACACAUUACACACACAGAUUGUCCUAUACGGGUUCAGGCUUUGCAUUCAGGUGUGACGUUGGUUAUGGUUGCUGCUAAACUACACAACUUUUUAAGAAAUGGUCUGCUUUGAUCAGAUGUAUAGCUCUAAAAAAAAAAAAAAAAAUUAAAGAAAAAAAAUCAACUUGACUUUUUAUUUUUCUACCACAGUGGUGUACAGCUACCAUCCAAUUAAUGUGGUUCCCUGGUUUAGUCUGUUCUUUUAUAAUUUGUUGGUGCUUUGGACCUUUUCCAUCCCAUCUCUCCUCGGUUUCCUCUGAAGAUUUCUCUGACUGUAUGAGGAGCUGCUGAUGUCAGCUCUGGAUUUGAUAUGUACCUAAAACCAAUGUGAAACCGUCUUUUUCCUCCUUAUUUUGGACUCAGUGGAAGUGUAAUGUUUACAUGUACAGAUUUAUCAAAUUCUCUUAUUUUGUUGUUCUCAAUUUUGUUGUUGUUAUGUUUACUUCACCCCCCCCACACACACACACCCUUUUUAGUGAAAGGAAAUGAGACUUGUGUCAUUACAUUCAAUGCAUUUACAGUAAGACAGUAUGUCUGUCAAGGAGACCCCCAUCAUUGUCUUCGGGCAAACCCCAAUCACUCUCUCUCUCUAACUGUUGUCAACAGAUAUAAAAUGAAGAAAAUAAUAUUGUCCUCUGACCAUUAAGGAAAAAGAUUUCAUUCUUUAAUGAUUUAAAGCCAUUAUCACACCCGCCAUUGGGUUAAGACGUCAAGUAUUAGAGUACGAGAACAGCAGACUGAAAACCUCAGGUAAAUGAUUACUGUUUUGUAGUUGAAAAAAGUCUUAUUGGCAACCCAUUUCCCAAUUUAAUACCAUUAUAUAUAUAUAUAUAUAUAUAAUGAAAUUAUUCCUUUUUAUAUUUAUUGUGUUAUAUAUAUUCAACAGUGAAUACUUUUUUUUGAGUACAUGUGGCUAAAUAUUUUAAUUCUUUAGAAAAGUGUUGAAUACAUAUGUGGAAAAAAAAAUUAAUGAAAAGAAAAAAAUCGAUUUCUGUUGCUUAAUGCAAAACGGCAUGGGCGGCUCCUAACAUAUCACUUUCAUUAAUGAAAACCAAUGAUUUGAGAUGAAGCUUUCUCCAGUUAGAUGUCACUGAACAUGACAUUGUGACUUUUUUUUUCUCCCAAGCUGUACGUCACAAAGCUAAAUAUACUAAUUAAACAGUGUGCUAUAUAUCAAACAACUUGUAUUUUUCUUUUUCUUAUAGAAGAAUUAUGUAGAAUCAACAUCAGUGCAUGUAUGUGUGUCUAUGACAAUUUGGGCCAGAUUUACUAUUCAAUUAAAACCUGAAAUCACUGACAUUGAUCCCCAUGAUAAAAAAUGCUCCCUGAAGGUACUAAAAAUGCCACAAGGUUUUUGUAAGGUUUGCGGUGUAAUUAUCAUUAGCUUUAAGCAAUAUUUUACCCAUAAAUAAAUAGUAUCUGACAUGAUUAACCCGUAAUGUUCCAAACCUGCAUUACUUUUUCUCUCUCUCUGGACACAAAGGUAGAUGUUAG